CAACCCCGUUGCUUUAUGAAAGGCGAAAUCCCUCCGUGAGCAGACGACCUGUCUAACACCCCGCUGCUGGAAGAGAAGGUGCUCGUCAAGCAAGAACCGGGCUUAACGACUCUCCACCGCGCUCCGUUCGGCGUGGAGUUAUCUUCCGGUUACAAGUGUAGGCUCGCGGUACCCCCCCGUCCUCCUCGUGCGCACGCCGCUUCCACAACACAAACCUUCGGGGACGAGCCGACCUAACCGAGAAGGGAAGUGGGCUCCUUCUUCUCUUUCACCAGACAGAUGCUCCCAGCCGCCCAGCUUGACAGGAGUGAUUGGAUGUGUCAACUAGCAGAUGAGGCAAUCCUGGACGAUGUAAUCGGACCGAAGGAUUCAUCUGCAGCGUUCACGCCAGAGAGAGGCCGAGGACGGAGCGACGAGGACAUCGAAGACACCAGGAUGGGCGUGGGGAAGAAUACCAACUCCAAGUCGAUGGACGGCAACAGUGAGGGAGGAAAACUUGAAGAGGAGAGCAAGCACAGCGCAGAUUUCUACCCCAUCCCGGUGGUGGUAAACGGCGUGGGCGGGGCCAAUGGAGACCAGGACACUGAGAACACGGAGCUGAUGGCCAUCUACGAUAAAGAGAAUCCAGGAGCAGAAAAGAGCUCAAUGUCUGAGAUGCCGGACAGCACCGACGCCAGGAUGCUGGACAUGAUCUACACCAUCGAAGACACCCCACCCUGGUACCUGUGUGUGUUCCUGGGCUUGCAGCACUACUUGACGUGUUUCAGUGGAACGAUCGCCGUGCCGUUCCUCCUGGCCGAGGCGAUGUGCGUGGGCAACGACAAGUGGGCCACCAGUCAGCUCAUUGGGACCAUCUUCUUCUGUGUGGGGAUCACCACCCUGCUCCAGACCACACUGGGCUGCAGGUUGCCCCUCUUCCAGGCCAGCGCUUUCGCCUUCCUCGCACCUGCCAGAGCCAUCCUGUCCCUGGACAAAUGGAAGUGUAAUAACACAGAGGUUCCAAUGUUCAACAGCACGGAGAUCUUCAACUCGGAGCACAUCUGGCAACCCAGGAUACGAGAGAUCCAAGGGGCCAUCAUCGUGUCGUCCCUGGUCGAGGUGUGCAUCGGAGUGCUGGGUCUGCCCGGGAUCCUGCUGAAGUUCAUCGGCCCUCUGACCAUCACCCCCACCGUGACCCUCAUCGGCCUGUCUGGGUUCCAGGCCGCGGGCGAGAGGGCUGGAAAGCACUGGGGCAUCUCUAUGCUGACGAUCUUCUUGGUGCUGCUCUUCUCUCAGUAUGCCAGAAAUGUUCACUUCCCUCUGCCGGUCUACAAAGCCAAGAAAGGCUGGACUUUCUACAGGCUGCAGGUCUUUAAGAUGUUUCCUAUCAUCAUGGCCAUCCUGGUGGCAUGGUUGCUGUGUUUCAUUUUCACCGUGACGGACGUUUUCCCACCGGAGGUCGACAAGUACGGCUACUACGCCCGCACUGACUCGCGUCGAGGAAUCAUCGCAGCGGCGCCCUGGUUCAGGAUCCCAUAUCCCUUCCAGUGGGGCGUUCCUACGGUAACGCUGGCAGGUGUGAUCGGCAUGAUGAGCGCGGUGGUGGCCAGCAUCAUCGAGUCCAUCGGAGAUUACUACGCCUGCGCGCGUCUCUCCGGCGCUCCGCCACCUCCAAUCCACGCCAUCAAUAGGGGGAUUUUUGUAGAAGGUAUUUCCUGUGUGCUGGAUGGUGUUUUUGGGACAGGAAAUGGCUCCACCUCCUCCAGCCCAAAUAUAGGUGUCCUGGGAAUCACAAAGGUGGGCAGCCGGCGUGUGAUUCAGUAUGGAGCCGCCAUGAUGCUGCUGCUGGGGCUUGUGGGUAAAUUCAGUGCCCUGUUUGCCUCUCUGCCCGACCCUGUGCUGGGAGCUCUGUUCUGCACCCUGUUUGGCAUGAUCACAGCCGUGGGGCUCUCCAACCUGCAGUUUGUGGACCUCAACUCCUCCAGGAACCUCUUCGUCCUGGGUUUCUCCAUCUUCUUCGGUCUGAUGCUGCCGAGCUACAUCAAGGAGAACCCACUGGUCACCGGCAUCGAGGGAGUUGACCAGGUAUUGAACGUGCUGCUCACCACUGCCAUGUUCGUUGGAGGCUCCGUCGCCUUCAUCUUAGACAAUACUAUCCCUGGCACCCUUGAAGAACGAGGCGUCCAGAAGCUGAAGUGUGGCACCGGUCCGAUUACCGCCGUGCUGGAGGGCAUGCGCUCCUACGACCUGCCGUUUGGAAUGGACUUUAUCCGCAGACACCCCGUCUUCAAGUACUUUCCCAUCAGCCCCACCUUCCAGGGCUACCAAUGGGGUACGAUAGGGAAAAUCUGCAGGCGCAGACUUGGACAUGGGGACGCGGUGAAGGGGGAAGGAGCGCCGGGGGAGAUCGACACUGCAGCAGCGGGGGAGAGUGGGGUAUAGCCGACGUGGUGCUGCUGCUGUAAGGUCUUAAAUGUGGAUGAAUUUGGGGAGCAAGGGAUGAUACACGAAGAUGGAAGAGAGGAGAGAAACGAGGAGGAUUCCGGAUUGUGUGGUGGAAAUUGUGAUGCACCAACGCCCCCCCCCCACCUCCUACCCCUCCCCGUCCUGCAGUAUUUCCUUUAGCUCGUGUCUUUUCCCACUUCCCAUUCUGCUAUUUUAAGCAUGCUAUAGCAAGUCGCAGCAUGCUAUGAAAGAAAGUCACUAACUGGAGAUUAUUUGGUGUGUGUGCGUGUGUGUGCGAACGUGUGCUGCCCAAUUUUUCUAAAAUAUUCUCUACUCUUAGGCGAGAGGAUUAUAUCAAUCGAGGAUUAUUCAAAAAUUCUGUUGUGGACCGGUCGCCACUAGACCUGUUAUGCAACCACAUUGGACACACACGCACACACACACACACGUCAACAGCCUCACCAGAACUAGCUUGUGCCACAAUGCAUGUCGGGGGUUCUGCAGGUGGAUGGAGGAGGUCCGGUGCCCUUAGCCAAGUGAUUGUGAUUGUUUGCUUGUUUGCACUAUCUGCCUCCUGAGUUCAGAGGCAGCUCGCGCCCCUUUUCCUUCAGUGAAAACUCCUCGGAGCCGUUGAGCAGCACGUCACAUCCGCUCGUCUCACAGUAAAGAAACUCUCAUCCCCCCCAUUCUUCGCUCUCCUCCAAGAUCUCUAAAGUAACGAACCGGUUUACAGUGUCAGUAUUAUGCAUCGGUUGCUAACGAGACUUUUCCUGGACACAUUGUUGUCUCAUUUGUCUGUCCAAUGGAACUAAAUCUUUUUAUCUUUGUUUGACAACAUUGUUUUGCUUUUUCCUUUACGCCUCCUUUCACACACAAAGGCACUUGCAAGCUUUUAAUGAUUCACUGUUCCACAAUGCUGUGACGACGGCACACAGUAACCCAGACGGGUCACCUCGUCAGAGACUUGGGCGUCACUCGUUCUCCGCUUUGAGCAGUAAUCUGUGUUAAUGUGGGACUUGCACAUAAAUGCCCCCGACCCCACCCAAACCCAGAGCGGUCAUUGGGCUCCUACAUAACUGAGAAGUAGCGUUGGUGGGUUUAGGUUCAAUGUAAUGAACGCAGAUGUUCUGAACAAUUUUCAACGAUCUAGAUUAAUUCCUUUACCCACUUUAAAUAACUGGUGAUGUUUGUAACGGUCCGUGUCUGUUGCGGUUCAGACGGCGAUGCAACAUUUUGCAGAGCGUCAGCGGGCGUGACCCGUCGCCACACUGGCUGCCUCUGGUGUUUGCAAUUAGAAAACGGGUAUUUAAAAGAACACUUUAGUUUUUAAAACACCAUGAAAACAACUUUGCAACAUCAGAAUCUCGAUAAACGUCUCGCUUUAAAAGAAUGUUUUAAAGUAACCGCCAAAUUAAAUUUACUAAACAUUUAUCCAGCUGAGUUUAUUAAGUUAUUUAUUUAAAUCUCUUUUUGAUCUGUUACCGCAUACCAAAAGCAUCGGCAUUUUUCGCUACUAAGAAACAACAAAAAAUAAGUUUGAAAUCUUUCUGCGCUUUUUAAUCUCUUUUGUUAAAGCUAUUUAUUUAUUUAUGACCAGAGGAUUAGUGAUAGCCUGCAGGCCCGUGGGUCUCUUACACAAUGUUGAAAGUUAUAUUUAUUGGUUUCGGUCCCUGUGCUAACAGUGACGGACCUCCCGAGCCCGUCGGUGCUUUUAGAAAACUCUCCUGGAAACGGCAGUGUUUUCUAAAGACUUUCUCAUGUAAGCUGCUUCUGUGUCAUUCCAUUUAUAUCAUGCUUAGAAAAACACUGAAACAAACAAUGCCGGAAACUGAAUAGUUUCCCUCAGUUUGUAAUUGGGGCCUUCUUUUGCUACAAGUACUGUUGUUACAUGUAAUGGUGCCACGAACCCACCAUUUCCCUCCAGAGCUCCUCUUCUCGGCUGCUCUAUAAAGUUUCGCCGUUGUCUCGUUUGAUGACUCGAGGACAAGCGGCUGAUUGUGAAUUUGUGAUUGGACAUUUUUUGGCCUUCAUCUGCUGAAGUCUGGCUGUGGUCCCGUGUAUGACGUCGGCCCUGCGUACGCUCCUGUUUGAGUGUUUGACCCCGGACGCGAGCAGAGAUGAGAUCUGGUGUUUCUGGCGGUCUUCUGCUGUGAUGGACGUACUAACGGUGACCUGAGUAUCUCACAUGCUUUGCUUGGAUGUAACUCAACAACUGUAUUUGAGGCACAGAGCUUGGUCUUUUUACUGUGGUUGAUUCUGUUGUGUUGCAGGAUCACAGCUGUACAAAUGGGUGGCCCGGUGUAAACGCUACGGGGAACUUAAGUUUGUUAGUGUCACAAUGCGAGUCUGUGGAAAUGUUGUCAAACGUCUGUCUCUGUAAAUGUUUUCUCCAUCUGUAAUCCGAGGUAGUCACGAAAGCGGCUCGGCCGGAGACCACCGGCAUGCGCACAGACUCCCAAUCCUCGCCACCCUCAUCUUAACAGCUGCUUGUGGCUAACGAGUUACUGGCUGGUCGGUCGACUUGGCCACGCCGGCAAAUGUUUUUCCUUUUUUUUUUCUCAUGGCGUCCUCGCCCCCCACCAGUGGCGGCUGGUGAAAUUUGGGGGGGGGGCGCAGUUGGGCGACGCGGUUUAAAUAUCACUCAACAAUGAGAAGAAAAGAGGUUUUGAGUAGAAUAUUGUAAAAAACAAAGCUUUAUUUAACGAAAACACCGUGCUCAACACUGUCCAAUAACAACUAUCAACACACUGAAACUUUGGGCAUGAGCGGUUCAGAGCAGCUUUAAGGAACGUUGGGUUUCAGAGGUUUACAAUUAAAAGAGUUUCACCCUCACAUGAAAGAGGUUCAGAGCAGAAUAGAGUCAGAAAGAGAUCACAUGUUACAUGGGGGACAGAGUAGACCCACUACUGUAAAGAAAAGUAGCCUCCUCUCUUUAAAGUUGGCAAACUUCUCAAUAACUCUCUGGUUAAAGUCAAUCAUAUCUGUGACGAGCCUGCUUCUAUUAUUCUUGAGGGAAUGUGUGUUUUUCCGAACUCCUUCGUUGUGUUUUCGAUGCCAGUUCGGUCUGCUGCUCUGCUCUGCAAACAGGGUUAGCUUCAGGCUGUUAGCUAGUUAGCUUCAUGCUGUUAGCUCGAUAACUGCGGCAAGAUUCGUGCUUCUUACACUUGUCUGAAGCUCUUUAGAUCCCUCACCCCGUUGGAGUCCAGAGAGUUUCAGUCCCAGGACUUUGGAACGACAGACAGGGGAAACUAAACAGCGCAUUACUCACUGAGCUCCAGCUAACCAGCUCCGGUUAGCAACCUGCUCGCGUAGCUCAGUGGAGCUCUCUGGCUGAGGAAAUGAUACCGGUCUCUGAUUGGCCGAAUAGUCCAACCACGUGAAAUAAGAAACUGUCAUUGGCCAGAGCGCACAUUUUUGCGCCCCAAGAUUCACGUUUCAUCCGCCAAUGAGAAGCCGUCCUUGCCGAAACGACCGUGAAAUGUUUGCUCGCUGCCACAUGUUGGGCCGGCGCCCCGAAAAUGGGGAGGGGCUUCUCUCCGUGAUGAUGAGUGGCGAUAUAUUAUUUAUGUCACAUUUAACUUAAGUGGUUGUUGACAGGGGCUUACGGUCUCCCACACACAUUUAGUGUGUCAACAUGGUAUAUUUACUAUUUAAAUGAUUUGGUAUAUAAUGUUUUUUGACAGGAUAUAUAAUAUUUUUUUUUUUUUUCCUCUCAAAAUGUUAAGAGGGGCGGCACCUUAGCGCCCUCUAUGGACGCACCGCCACUGCCCCCCACGCUGUGUGACCUCGCUUGAGGAACAGGUGACUAUCAGGUCAGAGAGUAGUCUCCUCCCGACAUCUACUCGCAGAGCAGAGUGACUGCAGGGUUUGACAUUACUUUUUUAUUUUUGUACCUCUUGUAGGGUAUUCUUCAGUACAUGGGUAUGCGCACAUAAUAAUCACCAACGUGUAGGUCUGUACUGUACAUUUAUGCAACCGGCACUUCUCCCAUCAUCUCCUCUCUCAUCAUCUCCUCUCUACUCUCAACGCACGUUGUUGGCCCUGCUGAAAAAACAGUGAGGUCCUCUCAUUUUUAGUGUACCUGUUUUUUCUCCCAAGGAAAAUCUUAACUGUUGAUGUUUCUGAAUGCAGAAUAAGCCACUGGCGGGCCACCUUACUUUUUAUAUAAAAAAAUUAUUAAGAUCCUGUUGGUCAUCAUUAACCGGCCUUAUCUCUGAACACAAGAGGGACGGGGAUGAUCUGCACCUACAGGCAGCCUCUUCUGGCUUUGAGCUCUUACUGCCCAGUUCUAGUCGUACUUCCUGUAGGAUCCCAUAAACAUGCACACAAUUGUGUUUCUGACAUGGUUGUUGCAGUAAACGCAUCACAAGCACAGACUUCAUUGAUUUACAUCCAACCAACAGCUCUUAAAAAGGUGGCCUGCAGGUGUGUGACAAAAAGACAUCAAUCACUUUCAGUUAUUUUGAAGGGGUGAUACCUGAAGAAUAUACUAGUGUUUUAUCUUUGUCAAUGUUUUUUGUUUUUUUAUAAAUAUAUAUAUAUACAUUUUUAUGUUUUAGAGAGAAAAAAAUAACUUUUAAUCAUAAACCAUGCUGGAAAUCGCACCAUUCUGUUGUACUUUUUUUAUUUACAAAGUAAAUACAUGUUGAAUCUGUGUUUUGGUGGAGUCCUUUUGUGUAUUUUUGUCGGAACUUUUUCAUUUUUUUUUUUUUACUGCUUUCGUGUCCAUGUUAACACAUUACCAGUUCAAAUGAAAGAAAAGGCUGCGAAACUUUCAAUAGAUGUAAAAACGAAUACGAUUAAAAUAAAUGUAUAUUUAACAGAGUAAAGUUUGCUAAACCUUCUGGAAGAGGAAUGUGUGUGAACUAAUUGUAGCAACAAAAUGUUUUAAUCUUUGUUCCUAAAACUAUUUAUUAAGAUGUUACUGAAUGAAUGCAGUCUGUUGUCUUUAUUGAUAAUAAAACUGAAAUAUUUAGACAA